AUGUCUGCCAACAUGAACACCACCGAGCCCAAGAACCCGCUCAAGAAGCCCGUCCACCCAGCUCUCGUCCACGCCCCCAUCGCCUUCAUCGCGCUCGCUGUCGGCCUCGACGUCGCCAACGCCUUCUCCUCCGCUCUCCCCUCUUUCAUCACCAGCUCCCUCCCCAUCGCCACAGACGCCACCCGCGCCUCCUACUUCCUCCUCUCCCUGGGUCUGCUCAGCAGCAUCCCCGCCGUCACAACCGGCAUCGGUGAGGCCAAGAAGGCAAUCGACAAGCAAGGUCUCUACGAGAAGGACGGCAAGACCAUCAAGCAGAAGUUCAAGGGCGUCAUCGCUCAUGCUAUCGCCAACGACAUCGUGAUUGUGGUCAUGGCUUACAUCUGGUACUGCAGGCGGUCGGCCGCUAGGCAGAGUCUGGCUGGCAAGAUGGGGAUCAGUGGUCUCAGCACGCCCGAGGCUGCUUAUGCGCCGGCUUUCUGGAUGGUGAUUGUGGAGAUGUUGAUGGGUGCUUUGCAGCUGUUCUCCGCCAACAUUGGUGGUAGCUUGACCUACAAUUACGGCUUCGGUAUGGCUAUCGGUGCUGGUGGCAAGAAGGCGCAGUAG